CCUCUUCUCGAUUCUCGUCCCCUUCGCCCCCUUCGCGUCUUCCCGCUCCUCUCCCCUCCUCUCCCCUUCACGUGUCCCAUACCUCACCCUUAUCUCCCCCCCCCUUCUCCACUAGUAUUCUCAUCCUCCAACCGUCCUUCCCAUCUCCUUUACAUCCCACUUGGUUCUCCUCUCCUCCUCUGUUCGUUGCACUGCCUCUUCAACCCUUGGACUUUCCUUUACCUUGUAGUGUCCCUCCUUACCGUCUUUGUGCCCCUUCUCUCUCACUUCAUCUCUCUUGCUCAAGCUCUGGUCGUUUCUUGUCUUCCAGGCCCCAGGUCCUAGGAUCUUUGCCAUUCCUGCCGCGAUGCGGGUAAAAGUGCUCACACAAAACCUGUACCUCCCCAUCGCGGGAGCAUCGCACCAUUCGCAAAGACUGGCUGACAUGGCUGCUGAGGCCAGUCGGUUCGACAUCCUGAUACUCCAAGAGGUUUUCACUUUCUCUGUCUUUGGAUUAUCAACGCAGAGCGCUAAAGAUUGGCUCAAGGAAAGGCUCAAGAAAGAGGGAUUUCUGUACAGUUUCUCGUCUCCCAAUGUUCUGUUUGCGCAAUGCUCGGGCCUGCUGAUCCUCAGCAAGUUCCCACUGGAAGAGGAGAAGAACAAGUUCAUCUCAUACCGAACAUUUGCUGGGAUUGAAAUUUUUACUUCCAAGGGAGCGCUCAAAUGCUAUGUCAAAGUGGACCCCAAUUUACCCCCGCUUGUCAUUAUUGACACUCAUCUUCAGUGUUACAGUGGUGGAGAAAAUGCAGUUGAAGUAAGAAAAACUCAACUGAAAUAUUUGGCGAAUAAGCUGUUGGAGGGAGAAACAAACUGCAUUGUAGCAGGAGAUAUGAAUAUCUGUGCUCGAAAUGACGUGGAGAGGUACAAGGAAAUGCUCGAAAUCUUGAAUCCUGUUCGAGAUAUCCUGGCGGAAAAAGCUUAUGCACAGGGUCACGACUCUCAGGCACGCGAAGUGACAAUGUCGAAUGCUGAACGUCCUGACGAGUCCUUGGAUUACAUCUUCCUCCGAGCUGCGAAGGAAGGUCCGAGAUGGGAGUACGAAGACGGCUCCUGUCAGGUCGAGAAGAUCAAAGCUUCCAGCAAGACUUGGGGGGUUCUAGCGAAAGGUAAUAAGACAGAUGAAGAUCCUGGCACUAUUUCCGAUCAUUAUGGCGUUUCUGCAGUGUUUUACUAUCAUGAUUCAUAA